CUUCACCCCCUCGUAACCCUGAGAACCCAUGUCGACUAUGCACAACUGAUGCAUAGAGCUCUUUACUGCCAUGGAUUGAAAGAGUCACUUCGCCUUCUAGCGGCCCACAAACCGCCUGCGCGGCGUACCUAUCGAACACGAACUUUCACAGGGACGAAGCCAUUCGCCCAGCGCAAGAGAGAUGACGACCUACGACAGCCAGCCGAGAUCGCCGCUGGACAGCGGUCACCGCUGCAAGCUUCUUCCAACGAAGCACCACAUUCGGAGGUGUCUGCAGCCCGUCGUACUCUAGCCGAGUUCUCCUCAGAUCAGUCUGCCACUCACGAUGGUGCGGACGAAGCUCCGACACGCUCGCCUCCUUUAGAGAAUCCCUCCGAUGCCCUUUUGCAAGACGGCUCUUUUGAUCGACUGCUUUCCAACACCGUCAACCCGUCUGCUGAAGCAGGCGAAGAACCUUCUUCCAAAGAUGACAUCGACAAAGAAGGGGUCGAGCCACAAGCGCCUGGCGGGCAUGGACGCAUUAGACAGAGUACAAGACAGAGUACAAGACAGAAAGGAUAUAUUCCUUCCGUCCAAGAAUCUUUUAGAGCUGUUCACAGGCGAGGUAAAGAUGGUCCUGUUAGGGCUCUCGAUCGAGAAAGCGCGAGCUCGCAGACCCUCGAGGACGAAUUGCGAUGGAUAGCAAGAACAAGACCAGAUCCGAGACAGAUCCAGGACGUUCUAAGAAUUCUGAUCAAGGAUCGCAAGAUCAAGCCAGAUCCGAGACAUUACGAAGCUCUGAUUUUAGCGAACUGCUCUGCGGAACUGGGUUCGGUGGACAAUGUCAAAAGCAUCAUAGAGCAAAUGGAGCGCGAAGGCGUCGCUAUAAGUCCGUCUAUACACUACGCAGUGUUGACAGUCCUAGCAGUCCACCUUGACACAUACCUCCGCACGACCAUCUUACAAAGACUUGCUCAACAAUGGGUGACCAUCCCUCCAUUGUACGUGCAACUCAACAUCGUCGCCAUGAUUCGCGAAGGCCAACUGGAACUUGCGACCGUCGAGCUUGAAGACCUGCAACAAAAAGGCACGCCCAUCGAGACAUGGGUCUGGACGAUAUACAUCCACGCCAUCUGCGACGAUCGUCACGAUUUUGACGCCCUGCUCCAGCUCUUUUACAAGCUACACGACUCCAACUUCCCCUUUCCGCGACAUACAUUGCUACAUGUCCUCCUUAUAGCGAGCAGGAAAGGCGACAACGAAGCGGCCGUGCCGCUGACCAAGUGGAUCUGGUACACCUACGUCGAGAACAUGCACAUCAUCCCGGACAAGGGAAUAUGCAUCAAUGUUUUGCACAUCGCCGCGAGAAACAAAGACAUCGACCUCGCCGAGUCUGUCGCCGUGGUUCUUGAGGAUGCGGCGGCCGGAAAAGCCACUUCAACACCCCCUAGUCUUGUCGCUCCACGUACGAAAAAGGACAGGUAUCGCUUGACGCUCGACUCGCCGGAACUGCUCGGGUUCGAGGAGUCCUCCGAAACCUGUGAAAAAUCUUCUUCUGCUUAUUCUGCCUCUACCGAUCCAGCACCACAAGCCUCCUCAGUGCUGCAGCAGCAGACCACGAUAAGCGUUCACGGUCCGGGCAGCAAAGCGCAGGGCGGACGCGUCGCUAAAGAUAAAGAUGCAGUCGACGAAGCACGAGCCGCCGCCUUCUCGACACCACCGGACUACUUGCCGCCUCCGUCUUCGCAGCCCUUGCCGCCGCGGGAACUUUCUGACCAAGCGCUUGACUUGCUUCGCUGGGUUCGACAACAAACGGCCGACACCGUGCCGCCCGAACGGAAACGAAAGAACCCUGCUGUCUUGUACAAGUUCUUCCGUGAGGAGAGCGGGCUGAGGGGUGCGAGAUUUGAUCCGAUCCUCGCACUGAAGGAAGGCUGGGAUUGGAGAAAGAAGUAAAAUGAAUAUAUCUUGACCUCUGCUACCGCCAUUCGCCAUACGGGAUAUAAUGGAAUGAAAUUGUGCCCCCUUCAAAG